GUUGGCUUGGCCAUCAAGCCUGGCACCACGGUUGAGCACCUGGCACCUUGGGCCAAUCAGAUAGACAUGGCUUUGGUGAUGACGGUAGAACCAGGGUUCGGAGGGCAGAAGUUUAUGGAAGACAUGAUGCCAAAGGUUCAGUGGCUGAGGACACAGUUUCCCUCCUUGGAUAUAGAAGUGGAUGGAGGAGUUGGGCCUGACACCAUCCAUAAGUGUGCAGAGGCGGGUGCCAAUAUGAUCGUGUCUGGCAGUGCUAUUAUGAAGAGUGCAGACCCGAGGUCUGUGAUCAAUCUCCUCAGGAACGUGUGUUCGGAAGCGGCUCAGAAGCGCAGUCUGGACCGGUGAGACCUGCCCCAGCGUGUUCAGGAAGGCUCUGGGCAUGCAGAACCCUUGUUUCUCGUGUGUCGGAGGGCUGGAUGAACACUAAGUACAGAGCCUUCUUGCUGCUGAAGAGAGGAAUCAUUCCUUCGCUGCAGUGAAGCAAGCAGCAGUGGGGAACAUUCUGGCUGUCUUUCAGGGUUGGAAAUGCAAUGGUUUGAACCUGUCUCUUGAUUCUGUGGAGGCUAAUUUUAUGGCACAACCUCUAACACUGACUGGAUUGAACUACAGUCGGUUUUUUGCUUGCCAGAAGAGAGUAGCAUUGCCACAAGCAAUCUCUCUUGUGGAAGACUCUAAUCAAACUGCCUUCUGCUGUCUGUAUUUUGUAAUUUGAUCUGUGCAUUCCUACAAAACCUUUCCACUACUGCAUUAAACACCC